GUGUGUUAGUUUCUGCUUUAUAACAAAGUGAAUCAGUUAUACAUACACAUAUGUUCCCAUAUCUCUUUCCCUUGUGUCUCCCUCCCUCCCACCCUCUAGCAUUGUUUUUCAUUCCAUUGGAUGGAUAAAGUAUGGGAUAUAUGAUCUAUUGGCACAAAUGUAUUACAGAGGUCAGUAGGCCCGGAUUUCUGGGUAUAUUUUUCAUCCAGGGUUUUGGAACAAUACAGGUUUAUUUUUCUUGCUCUGGAGAAAUACAGAAUUUUGGAAUGAGACAGAAAAAAUAUUUCAAAAGGUUAAUGGAGACUUUUAUUUUUACAAGCAUUUACUUAUUCAGAAGUUUAUAUUUGGCCAAACUCCUAGUCUUAAAACCGAAGAUAGGGAAUAGAAUCUCAUUACAAUAAAUGUUUGACUGGGUCAUUCUUAAAGACUUAAUGUUCCUCCGAAUUCUCAUUCUCCUCGUCCCUGAGGACAAGAGUGCAGGAAGAAUGCAUUAGUUACUACACUUCUUUCCCGAUCUUUCUUCGUAGAUAGAUAUCAUUUUGACCUUGAAUUAUUGUAAAUUUUAGAAAGUUAUUGAUGAAAAAAGGGGGAACUGGUGUGUAUUUCUGGGAAAAUAAUUUUAGGGGAAAAAAGCCAAUCUAAAAAAGAACACCAGCUAUGUUUUGACUUCUGCAUUAUCUUGGAAACAAUUUAUGAUCUUGUUUAACUGAUUCUUAGUAUCUCCCCUUAAGUAAACUAAUACAACACUCUCAAGAUUUGUGGACUAUGAAAUCCAAAUAUAUGAUACUCUUUUAUUAUAGAGAAGACAGUUGAUCAAAGCCUCCCAAGAAUGUUUCUCAAGUUUUACGGUUUGUAUUCUUUAAUGUUACUUGUCUGUGUAUUUUAUUAUAAGCAAAAAAAAAAAAAAAAUCAAAACACAAAUGGUAGAGGAACAAGUUUUAGAAUAUAGAUUAAUCAUUGACAAAGAGAAUCGGGCUGGAACUAUUUAUCAUCACUGAGUAUUUUAUUUGAGAUGACCCUACCUUUACCCACAUGUUAGAAUAACACCUAUAUAAAUAUACACACACAUCUAAGGAAAGGACCAGUAAAUUGUUCCCAGAUCGUUGUUUACUAAAUCAUAGUUUCAUAUAUCCCCAAGCCUAAUCACAGCUCUUGUGAUUAAUGAGGAAAUCACACUUGGUGAACAAAAACUAAUAUUUAGUGAAUGCUUAUUGUGUGUCAGAGAUUGUUCCAUCCAAGGGCUUAUAUUAAUUUAAUCACACCUAGGAGGUAAGUACUAUUAUUAUUCCCGUUUUAAAGAUGAGGAAGCUGAGGUGUAGGGAAAUAAAUAACCUGUCCAAUGUCCAGAGGUGUUAAGACAUAGAGCUGGGAUAUAAAUUCAAGCCAUUUAAUUCAGUAGAGGCUUGAGCUCUGAUCUACUCCAUCAUGAUAUCAGUUUGAGUUUUCCAUAAGGCAGUUCCUGAGAUGGAGGUGAAAUAUGAGGAGUAUAUUGGGGGUAAUGCCUGUGAAACUGGGAGGGAGAAGGAUUGGGCAGGAAAAGCCUUCAGACCAGUGCACAUCUGGGAAGCAGAACGGGACAGAGAACACCUCGGACUGUAAUAUAUAUCUGACAAAGUCUCAGCCAACGCAGUGGGAGCCGCAGAGCAGAGGUUGCUUGUUCAGUGAGUUCCGCAUUGAGUGGAAAUGGCCAGCCCCUAGUCCUCCUGCCGUGCUCUGUCAUUGACUGGGGACUCCUCGGGAAGAGCAUGGCCUGCAUGGAAUGCUGCGGCCCGUCUUAAAGCUGUGGCUGGAGACAGUUAUCUGACUGCGCUCCUACGCAAGUUCUUUCUGGAAGGGCAGUCCAAGCAGCACGUUUCCACGGUUGCCCGACAUCAUCCUGUCACCUCACAGAUACCAAAUGCCAUUUCACAUCCAUUAGAUGGGCAGAAAUGUUUAAAUCUGACAGUGCCACACGCUUGGGAGGCUGUAGAUGAAUAUGUCUGCUGCUUGCAGGACUGUAAAUUCAUGAAACACUUUGGCAAUAUAAUAUAUAUGAUCAUCUGAUCAUAACCUACUGCACAGCACUUGCACCCCAGAGAAACUCCUUCAUGAGGAGACACGUACAGAAAUGUUCACAGCAGCAGCAUUUGUAGUGGUGAUAAAUUGGAAGCAAUCUAAAUGUCCGUCAACAAGAGGAUUGAUCGAUCGUUGUCUGGAGACGGCGGGAGUUCUUUUGCCAUGGCGGCCGGGCCGAUCUCCAAGCGGAACCAGGAUGCCACUGUGUAUGUGGGGGGCCUCGAUGAGAAGGUUAGCGAACCACUGCUGUAGCUGUUUCUCCAGGCAGGGCCAGUAGUCAACACCCACAUGCCAAAGGAUAGAGUCACUGGUCAGCACCAAGGCUAUGGAUUUGUGGAAUUCUUGAGUGAGGAAGAUGCUGACUGUGCCAUUAAGAUCGUGAACAUGAUCAGACUCUAUGGGAAACCAAUACGGGUGAACAAAGCAUCAGCUCACAACAAAAACCUGGAUGUGGGGGCCAACAUUUUCAUUGGGAACCUGGACCCAGAGAUCGAUGAGAAGUUGCUUUAUGAUACUUUUAGCGCCUUUGGGGUCAUCUUACAAACCCCCAAGAUUAUGCGGGACCCUGACACAGGCAACUCCAAAGGUUAUGCCUUUAUUAAUUUUGCUUCAUUUGAUGCUGCGGAUGCAGCGAUUGACACCAUGAAUGGGCAGUACCUCUGUAACCGCCCAAUCACCGUGUCCUAUGCUUUCAAGAAGGACUCCAAAGGUGAACGCCAUGGCUCAGCCACUGAACAACUUCUGGCAGCACAGAACCCACUCUCCCAGGCUGACCGCCCUCAUCAGCUGUUUGCAGAUGCACCCCCUCCACCCUCUGCUCCGAAUCCUGUGGUAUCAUCACUGGGGUCUGGGCUUCCUCCACCAGGCAUGCCUCCUCCUGGCUCCUUCCCACCACCAGUACCGCCUCCUGGAGCCCUUCCACCUGGGAUACCCCCAGCCAUGCCCCCACCACCUAUGCCUCCUGGAGCUGGAGGACAUGGCCCCCCAUCAGCAGGAACCCCAGGGGCUGGACAUCCUGGACAUGGACACUCACAUCCUCACCCAUUCCCACCGGGUGGGAUGCCCCAUCCAGGGAUGUCUCAGAUGCAGCUGGCCCACCAUGGCCCUCAUGGCUUAGGACACCCCCAUGCUGGGCCCCCUGGCUCUGGGGGGCAGCCACCACCCCGACCACCACCUGGAAUGCGUCAUCAUGGACCCCCUCCAAUGGGCAUGCCCGCCCGAGGGCCUCCGUUCGGCUCUCCCUUGGGUCACCCAGGUCCUAUGUCUCCGCAUGGUAUGCGUGGACCUCCUCCACUGAUGCCCCCUCAUGGAUACACUGGCCCUCCACGACCUCCACCCUACGGCUACCAGCGGGGGCCCCUCCCUCCACCCAGACCCACUCCCCGGCCUCCAGUUCCCCCUCGAGGCCCACUUCGAGGCCCUCUCCCUCAGUGAUUUCUCAUUGCCUUUCCUCUUGUUAGAGCCUCCCAAUAUCUGUUCACUUCCUUGGACCAAUCAGAGUUGCUGUAGCUCCCAGGGACUAAGGCGCUAAUCCCUCCCAGGCCUCCUUUUGUAAGUGUAAUUUUUUUCACAGGAGGUUUUAUUUUUUUCUGUGUCAGUCCUAAGUGUUUUGCAAAUGCACAGAGAAAAUAAAACUAAACUCUUCGUUUAAAAAAAAAAAAAA